CAGCUUAGCCCGCUGCUUGUCAGAUUUUGGAGACCUGUGCUCAUCAACAUUGUGUCCCAACAAUGUUCACCUCAUUUUCUUUCCCUCCAUGAGAGACACAACGCCAAGCAGGUUAGAAAAGCUCAUAACGCCAUCUCUUCAACAUCUGCUUCAAAAUCAGAAUUGAGUUCAGCUUUGAUGGAGUAUGCAAAACAACAAAUUUAGGGUCUAAGGUUCAUGUUUGUAUUUGGGAAUUUGAUUUGCAGAAACAGCACUUUAAAUUUCAGAUUUGGGAUGAUCAUCUAUGUGUUUGUUAAAUGGCCUGAUUGAUUUAAUUAUCGAUAUCUGUCGCUUAUGUUAGUGCCUGCGCGAAUGAUUAAGCUUUAGUAUCACUUACAUGGUGCAGGUUUUCAUUCUUUCAUAUUUUGUAUAUUGACCUAUUCCGUUUUCUUGUAAACUUAGAUAAGCUAGUUGCUUCUUUUUCACUUAAUACUUCAGGAUCCACUAAAUUUCAUGUCCAUACUUCUUUUGAUCAUUUCGUUGUUUUGACAUUCAAGAUUAUCCAAUGCUGUUUAGGAACUAGGAAUAUGAAUCAAAGAGGCUGAGGUUCCGUCAAGAAAACGAACUCAAGUAUUUUUACCACAUGUUUUGGCCUUAAUGAACAAUCAGUAAUUCAAGACAUCUGUUAGGUGAGAGUGUUUUUGCAAGUCAAAUCAUUGGUCCACCAUCGCUGUCCAUCAUUUGAAAUGUUGAAUUUUCAACUUAUCUGAAUUUGACUUGCCUUUUAUAAUCAUUCUAAUGUUGAAUCUUCAAAGGAGUAAUCAUUCUAAAAUGAAAAAAUAUACUUCAUCAUUAUCAAUCACUCUGCAAGGAAUAAUUAUGGGUAACUUCUGGUUAAACUAUCUCUACUUUCUUUCUGUCAUAAAUUUCACAAUCUCUGUUCAAGUUACAGCUCAAUACUUAUUAGACUCAUAUUGUUCACCGUGUAAUUACGAAGACAAUAGCCCGUUUGAGAGAAAUCUCCAUGAGACACUAGCUCUGCUUUCAUCUAACAUCAAACCCAAUAAGACAUUCUACAAUAACAGUAUAGGUCAAAGCUUAGACAGAGUUUAUGGUAUGUUACUCUGUACAGGAGGUCUUACAGAUGAAGAUUGUAAAGGUUGUGCUGAUAUUUCAACUAGAGACGCCACUCAAUAUUGUCCAAACGGUAAAGAAUAUAUUGCAUGGUAUAAUGAUUGUAUGUUAAGAUACUCGAACAGAUCAAUCUUCUCUGUCAUGGAACUGGAGCCAACUAUAUAUCUUCCAACCACAAGCUAUAGAGUAAACACUGGAUUUAAUGAGUUAAUAAACGAAUUAACGAAUAACCUUGUAGCAAGAGCUUCAUCUAAUGGCACUGGCAAUUCUUCUAGUAUAAAGUUUGCAAAGGGAGAUGUAAAUUAUACAGGUUUAAAAUUUCAAGGGUUAGUUCAAUGUACUCCAGAUCUAUUAGGAAGUGACUGUAAUAGAUGCUUAUCAAGUGCACUUGCUGGUCGUCGUUAUCCGAAUAUGUUUCUGACACUAGGUCGGGGAGUUCUUAAACCCAGUUGUUACGUGAGGUUUGAGAAUUCAAUUACAACUGAUAACUGGAUAGACAAGCCUGUUUUUAUUGUAGUCCCAAUUGUUUCACUAGUUGCAGUUAUACUCAUCUUGGUCAUCAUCAUUUACUUCUGCAAACGGAAAUGGAGAAUAAAGGAGAAAUUUUAUGCAAAGACAGUGGAUGGUACUUUGGCAGCAUUUACAUACCGAGAGUUACAGACUUCGACGAAUGACUUUGCGCAGAAGUUGGGUGGUGGUGGUUUUGGUUCUGUCUUCAAAGGGGUUUUACCAGACUCAAGUGACAUAGCUGUAAAGAAACUUGAAGGUGUCAGUCAAGGUGACAAGCAAUUUCGUUCAGAGGUGAGCACUAUCGGUAUAAUUCAGCAUGUAAAUCUUGUUCGCUUACGUGGGUUUUGCUCUGAAGGAGCAAGAAAGUUAGUGGUUUAUGAUUUCAUGCCAAAUGGAUCUUUGGAUUCUCACCUUUUCCAUCAGAAGAGUGCUGAGGUUUUAGAUUGGAAGACUAGAUAUCAAAUAGCACUAGGAACUGCAAGAGGAUUGGCUUAUCUCCAUGAAAAAUGCAGGGAUUGUAUCAUACAUUGUGAUAUUAAGCCUGAAAAUAUCCUUUUGGAUGCUGAUUACUGUCCUAAAGUUGCAGAUUUCGGUCUGGCAAAACUUUUCGGUCGAGGAUUCAGUCAGGUUCUAACCACCAUGAGGGGAACUAGAGGCUACCUUGCACCAGAAUGGAUUUCAGGAGUGGCCAUAACUCCGAAAGUUGAUGUCUACAGCUAUGGUAAGAUGCUGUUUGAAAUUAUCUCGGGGAAGAGGAACACAGGCCAUUUCAGUAAUGAUGAUAAGAUUAGCUAUUUUCCUGCUUGGGCAGCAACCAAAAUUAACGAAGGCGAAGAUAUCAUUUGCCUAGUGGAUAACAGGUUGGAAGGUAAUGCUGAUCCUCUAGAGCUGACUAGGGCUUGUAGAGUUGCUUGCUGGUGCAUUCAAGAUGAUGAAACUCAUAGGCCUUCCAUGGGUCAGGUAGUUCAGAUACUUGAAGGGAUUUUGGAGGUGAACCGGCCUCCUAUUCCAAAGUCACUUCACUUGCUUGUGGGAAACCAGGAUAAUAUGUUUUCUUUCUUAGAUUCCUCAAAUGACAGUUCAGAAGCACGAGUCUACACGACAUCAUCAAUGUCAUAUUGAUUAUUACAUAUUUUUUGAUAUUGGUGUAAGUUGAUCCGUAAAUGUAUACGACUAAAUUAAUGAACAAUCAAUAGCGUAAGUGACACAUUAGCCUUCUAA